CGCACAGCAGCGGCGUCACAGUACGCGCGCUCCGCUCGUGCGUUGCGCAGCCGCGGUCCGCAGCAACGCCAGAUCUGAGCCGCGCCUUGUGCUCUCCGUGUGUGUCUUCUGGAGGGUGCGCGCUUCUCCACUGUUUCCUGAGGUGGAUAUACACGUGCCACGAGGAGACGGUGCGUUGGCCGUCGCUGUAGCAGAGAAGGCAAUGCGCUUCCCGUGCGGAGUCCUCGCCGCGUUGCUGGUGGUGCUCGCACUUGCGGUCGCCGUCCUGUGCGAGAACGACGGUGGCAGCCUCGUGGUUCCCACGGUAGUGACCACUCAGGAUACUCCGCGCGUCGAAGAGGCUGGCGAGACAAAAGCGGCGGAAAAUGGAACAGCUGACGGGGAGCCGAGCGCUAGUUCUCAGAAGGGUGUGGUGCAGAGUAGGACCGAAAAGUCAAGCAGGACUAAUGUUACGAACGAAGACACAACAAUCGUUCCUGCGACAUCUUCGAACAACGCUCCCUCCAUAGUUGUGACCGAACGAGCCGCCCAAAACUCCACAAGCAUCGAGAGCGAGAAGGUGAGCGCUGCAGUCGCUGUCGACGCCUUGACGACGUUGCCUCAAAAGGUGUCCACUGCCGCUGCUAUGGCUCAAGGCGCCGAUCACAAGUUGCCUACAGCCACUUCCAAGGGUGAAGAUGAAUCAACGCCUGUGACUACCGUCCAGAAUGUUUCGUCCAACGCCACAGCUCAGAGAAGCAGCAGGACUCAAAAUUCUUUUCUUGAAGACCUCCCUAGUCAAGCCGUCAAUGAUGUUGCAGUAACCGGAAGUAGUGGUUCACCAACGACACGGAAAAUUGUCACCUCCGCAAUCGAGCCCACAGUUUUCCCGAUGGCGCAGUCCUCUGCUCGACAAGAGAGGGCGACAACGCUGUUAGGAAUGGAAGAAGUCACAACGUCACUACGAACAUUGACCAAACAGCACGAAACAUCUUCAAACCCAACAGUGGCUCCUAAACUAAGUGACGCACAUCUUGAGACAAAAACAACCUCAUCUUCAGUCACUGCUCAAGAUACAGCCACUGCAAAGCAGGUAACACCGUUGCCGCCACGAGAGGUUGUUAGGAACACUUCGUCGUCCCUUCUCAGUCGCCCAGCUCCUGCCGUCGCAGCGAUGACGAACAUAUCAGAAGGAGAAGAAGUAAGCAUCACUGUGAUACCCGAGCAAGAAGAACAAGAACCUCAAAACGAGCCUGCUUCUACACGACAUGUAAAUACAAAGAACGUAAAACUCACAGAAGCCCGAGUAAAUUCUGAACGGUGAAGAGAUCUUGGCGUCGGCGAGUACUACUACGACAGUGCGAAGCCAGAUCUUCUCUUACGUGAACUACACAGAUGAAGACGAUGCUGUCGAGAUAAUGCACGAAAAGUCGUUGGUGGAGCAGUCCAACGAGACAGAAAAGCCAACUAAUCUGAAAACCAUUGAUUUUCACGAAUACUCGACGAAAGAAACACAUCAGUCCAUUCUCUCUCCACACCCAGUGAUAUCUCAAACUAUUCAACCAUGAAGUUCCGCCAACUUUGGGUGUGCCGGAGAAUGUGACGCUAGCAUUACAAUACUGUGUUGCCUGUCAACUUGACUGGUCUGAAUAGUUCUACUUCAAUUC